GGCGCUCUCUUCUCUAUCCUCUGUGUCCCCUCCACCAAAACCGACGACGACGUCGCUCUCCUCCACCGGUGCUCGGCGCUCUCCCUCCACCAGCGGUGGUCCACAGACGCUCGGCGAGCUCCACCGGCGGGCGCUGGCGGCUGGUCAGAUCCGCUCGGCAGUCAUCCAUCUGGCACAUCGGGUAGCUCGCGCCUCCGUUGGCAGUCCCACCGCCGCCCGGCCCUCCCCCAGCGCCCCCGGUGAUCCGGACCGCACCCGCUUACUCGGCCUAACGACCGGCUCCUGCCCCGACGCAGCCGAAGCUCCCAGCGUCCUCCUGCAGGCCGAGCUGAAGGUUCAGCGCGCCGGUGGAGUUAGACGACGAAACUCCGUCACGUCAUACCUCUCCGCCUCCCGUCUUCCAGACGUCUCUAAUCGGGGUCCCAGCGUCUCGGAGAAGAGGAGCAGCACGGCACGGCAGCUGUGGCGAGGAAGGCUCCUGUCCCAUCCCAACCCAGUUAGCAGCCGCCCAAGGAGGAGGAGAUCCAAUCGGCGUGCGGGCGUCCGCGGUCCAUCCAUCGAUCCAAUUCCAAUCUGCAGGCAUCUCGAGUGCACCGUCGGCCGCACCAGCAGGCAGCAUCCCGACACCGCCGUUCCCCAGCAGACAGCAGCAGGUCGCCGUCGUUCCCCAGCAGGCAGCAACAGGUCGCCAGCUCGCCCCCGCGUUUGCUUCCGGUCAGCUGAUGUCGCAUGCUUUUCGGCAGCGCUAGUCCUCGACGGACGACGACCAGCAUCAGCCGCCGCCCCAGUCGACCAGCAUCCACGGCGGCACGAGCCCACGACCAGCAGAUCAACGCGGUGGCAGAUCAACGAGCCCACGACUAGUCAGAAAAUUUUUACAGCAGCAUAUCCACCGGAUACCCGAUACCCGACGGGUACCCGGUGGGCACGGGUUAUACUCAAACUGCACACAGUAGCAUCCUUCUGGUACAGGUACACCCUUCCCUCCCGGCUGUGCGAAGCAACUCCACCCUAAUUUAUUUUGCAGAAAAAGUUAUCGGUCCGCCCUUGGUUACUGAAACUGGUCAGGUGUAUGUAAUUUUGAAGUAACAAAGGAUUUGGAACCCAGCCCUCUGUUCUCCACCACCGCUUCGAAGAUGCCGCAGGUAAUGGUGGUGGCACGGAACUUCAUGGAUAUGGUGGCUGCUCUUCCUGCGGGCAAGCUUGAUAUGCUCUAUGACUCAGCCUUUAUCUGUGAGGCAGUACUCAGGUCACUUCCCCCACUGGCAAAGAAGUAUGCACUGCAGAUGUUGUAUGUGCUGGCACCAGUGACCGCUGCAGCAAUGGAAGAGUGGGUGCUUGAUGAAUAUGCUGCCAAGCAUAAGGUUGCCAUUGAUAAGCUUCUACAGCUCAGGGUCUUUGUUGAAGUGCGCGACAGACGACGGGACGUGAGCUACAAGAUGAAUCAGAAGUUCCAGGGAAACAUGCAGAAGUAUUUGGUUGAUGGUGGAAGUUUACCAAGGGAACCUUUACCAUUAAGUGUCACUGGUCGAUUGCCCACACCAGCAGAUCUGGAAGCCUAUGCUCUUGAUCAAUGGGAGUGCUUCUUGUUGCAAUUGAUCAAUUCAUCUCAAGUCGAAAAAGGGUCAAGUUUUAGCUCCUCCAUGAUGAAGACGUUUCAGCGUGGUCUUCUGAGUUCAAGGGAUGGUGAAGCUUCAAAGUUGACUGAAAAUGGCUUCCAAUUUCUUCUGAUGGAAACAAAUGCACAACUUUGGUACAUAAUGAGAGAAUACAUUUCAUCUGCUGAGGAACGUGGAGUGGACCCUACGGAGCUGAUAUCAUUUCUCUUGGAACUUAGCUUUCAUAAAUUGGGAGCGGCUUAUAGCUUGAACACUCUGACUGAUGUCCAGAGGAUUGCCAUCAGGGAUCUUGCAGAAUUAGGACUAGUCAAACAGCAGCAGGGUCGAAAGGAUAGCUGGUUCAUUCCUACCCAAUUGGCUACUAAUCUUUCAGCAAGCUUGUCAGAUUCGUCAUCUAACAAAGAGGGAUUUGUGGUUGUGGAGACAAACUUUCGAAUGUAUGCAUACUCUACUUCCAAGUUGCACUGUGAAAUUCUACGCCUUUUUGCAAGGGUGGAGUAUCAACUUCCAAACCUCAUCGUAGGAGCUGUUACAAAAGAAAGUAUCUAUGGUGCUUUUGAAAAUGGGAUAACUGCUGAGCAGAUAAUUUCAUUUCUUAGGCAAAAUGCUCACCCUCGUGUUGCUGACAAGAUACCCGCUGUCCCGGAGAAUGUCACAGAUCAGAUUAGGUUGUGGGAAACUGACCUCAACAGGGUUGAGAUGAUUCCAUCGCAUUUGUACGAAGAUUUUCCUAGCAAGGAAUGGUUUGAACAAUGCUGUGAUUAUGCAAGGGAUAAUGGGUACUUGCUGUGGGAGGACCCCAAGAGAAUGAGACUAAUUGUACGAGGGGAGUUCCACCCCGAAAUGAGGGAGUUCCUUCGCAGGCAAAGAUGAGGAACGACCUUGUACUUGACGGACCAUGCUAUGCUUCUUUGUAGUGCAUAGAAACACUGUAUCGGGUAAUAGUUCUCCUUUAAAUAUCAGGAAAGGGUCUAGAAAAGGGCUCAGUUUUUGAAUUAUUUUGGUGACCUGUGAGCUGUGGAAGCAUAUGAAUAAUGUGGUGUUCAAUGGAGCAAGGCCCAACAUCCUUGAUCUGCUUCUAAAUGUUACUAGUGACUGUACCCUAUGCUGGUGUAUGGCUGGUGGCCAGGUCCUGUUGGAACUCUUAGGUAGGUAGUAUGGUGGGAUGGAGUUGGUAUGCUCUUAAUUUGUUGUUAUUUGGAUUGAUUCUAUAUAGGACGGAGUGAUUUUAAAAAUGAAAAAAACUCAAAUGAUGAACCA